UUAGAGCUCCCUAUGAUUCUCACCUAGCAGAGGCGCCGCUACUACACACAACCCAAAACUUCUACUCCAUUAGCCAAGAGCUUUUCUAGGGAUUUUCAGAUAUAAAACAAUGAAGCUGAACACCAGAAUUCCACCAGAAUCAACGGCAAAAUGGGUGAGGAAAUUAGCAACAAGCAAGUGAUACUCAGCAACUAUGUCAAAACAUCUGUGAAAGAAUCCGAUAUGUCGCUGAGAACUUCCAAAAUUCAGCUCAAAAUUCCCAGCGGUUGCGACGGCGCCGUUUUGGUGAAGAAUCUCUACUUAUCCAUCGAUCCUUUUAUUCUUGCCCUCAUGAAGAAUCAGGAGCUCGAUUUACCUUCUUUCACGCUGGAUUCUCCUAUUUAUGGAUUUGGAGUGUCGAAAGUACUGGAUUCGUCUCAUCCAAAUUUCAAGACGGGCGAGCUAGUUUGGGGGUUUACUGGCUGGGAGGAGUAUAGCCUUAUUAAAGAUCCAGACCAAUUGUUUAAGGAUUUUCUUUACGAUCACAUACAUGAAGUUGUGUGUCGCGUCUGGCUCCUCCUCGUCAUACUGCGAGAUCGUCCCACAGGCGGUGAUGCGACCGUGGGGUCUAAUGUUCGGUAGCACCGCAUCGAGAAUUUUGCCUCCUACAGUUUCGAAAUAUAUGUCGAUCCAUUAGGGGAAGUACCUAAAUAGUUGUGAUUAAUUUCAUACACUUAUUAGAGAUAACAAAGUACGGGCCGAGGUUGUGCUCAUUAGACCGAAAGAGAAAUUUUGAUCAUAAAUAUAUGUUUUUUGUUUAUUUAUGUGGCUAGCCAGGGCCAUAUGGGCUAUAUGUAUAUAUAUAUCUUUGGAUUGGACCGGCCCGACCCGACCCAAUA